AGUGUGCGACGCAGUCUGUCUAGUCUGCGUGCGUCUCGUCUGUGUAUGGAGGAGAAGACCGCUUAUCGAAGUGUUGGUACAGUGGCAGACCAGGGAACUAUGGAGGCGCUGCAGUGCGACAUCCACAUGACGGGCGAGCACGUCAUCGUGAGCAGGGGCGCUGGCUCUCUGUGGUGCAGUCGCAGGGACGGCUCACUGAAGCCUGGAAGCAUUGUGACCCCAGACAAUCUCCAGUCAGCUCGAUACCUGGCAAAUGCUAUGGUCUCGUGGGGAAGAUUCAGUUCUUUUCAGGCCUCCACCACGACCACAGGCUCAGAGUGGAAGCUGCUGCUGAUUGGCGGUGUCAGGUCUGUUGGGGACCUCCCUCUCUGUGGUCCGGUGUACUGCAUCCAGAGACUCAUCAUUAUCCCUCUAACGACAGACUCCUCCCCCGAGAUACUCGGACUUGAGGGUCUGAGAGAUCCCUCUCCGUCACCUGGACGUAAGGGGAGUUUGGGGAAACCUGAAGGAGGAGGGGGAGGGGGAGGGGGAGGGGGAGGGGGAGGACCUGGAGGGAGUAGCAAUAGACUGCGAGAAGACAAGGAGAAAGACAAACUGGAGAGGCGACUGAUGGAGGCCCUCCUGAGAAUGUUUAACGACUCUCACUCGUUCUAUUUCUCUGUGGAAGGAGACAUCACUCACACCCAGCAGAGAAAGAUGGGUCCUGCGGCCACCUCUGACUCAUCUCCUGACGACAACUACAAUUCUGACCUACCUUUCUGGGAGAAAGUUGACGAUAGGUUUUUCUGGAACAAGUGGAUGCUUCAAGAUCUACUCGACAUCACUUGUCAGAGAGUGUUGGUGGAGCCGUGGAUCCUGCCAGUUGUCCAGGGCUACGUGGAGAUCCGCACUCUUGUCCUGCACUCCAACAACCCUCCCAACGUCCUCCAGACCAGCCAGAGAGAGCCGCCGCUGGGAGCGAAGAGCAGCGAGCUGGGGGAGAAAGGUGGCGAGAAGAGAGAGGAGGGAGCUCACGAGGAGGGUGAGGAGGAGGAGGAUGAGGAGGAAGACAAGGGAGAUAUGAUUACAUUCUCACCCAAACUAGAUGUUUCCUCCAGCCACCUGCUGGUAGCGAGAGGUGGUGGAACUCCAAUCGGCUCCAGAGGUGAAGGCUCUGGCUAUGAGACCGACAGUGAGGGUGAGAGUAGCAGUGAUAGUCGUGGUGGGGAGGAGAGGGAGGAGGGGAAGGGAGAAAGAGGUAGAGGAGGAGGAGGAAGUGGUGAAGAUUCGUCAGGUGUGCAGCUAGAAGACAGACAGAUGCUGACUAUCAGUGUGAAUGAGCCACCAAGAGAUGGAGAAGAAAGAGGUGAAGUAAGAAACCAGCUCUCAGAGGAGCCGUCGGACAUUAAAAAGUCACCAGAAGGGGCGAGUGGGAAGGGACGUCGCCCGUUGCUGGAGAGAUUGAAACUGACCAGGAGAUCGAAUUCCCCGGAGAGAGGAGGGCGGGAGGAGGGGGAGGGAGGUGGAGGAGCAGGGAUCAUGAUGACGGUCAGGAGAGGGCUGCUGGGUCUGAAUGGAGAGAGACUGGCAGUGGUGGGGAGACGAGGGGGAGAGGACGGGGAGAUGUGUGAGAGUGGGGAGUCUGGGGAGGGGAGAGGUGUGGCGGGGGAGAGCGGAGAAGGAGGGGACACAGGGGUGGGGGAGACAGAGGAGAACGAACAACCGACAGAAGAAGGUGGCAAAAACGACGACUAUUGUUUCACACUGGCCUUGGUGUCACGCCGUAGUCGACACAGAGCAGGGACGAGGUACAGGAGGAGAGGGGUCGACCCACUGGGAAAAGUGGCCAACUUUGUUGAGACGGAAAUGAUCCUGCAGGCAGGGUCACACCACGCCUCCUACGUUCUAGUGAGGGGGUCCGUUCCCGUGUUUUGGACCCAGCCUGGGACCAAGUACCGACCGCCUCCAAUCAUCGAGAGAGGAGAAGAGGAGACACAGGAGGCAUUCAAGAAGCACUUUGAAGAGCAGUUCUCGCUCUACAAUCAUGUGGCCAUCGCCAGUCUCAUAAACCAGUCUGGAAGAGAAGCAGUGUUGGGAGAAGCGUUCAAGAAACACGUUCUUGCUCUGGACGAACCAAACGUAACCUACGUCACCUUUGACUUCCACAGACACUUCAAAGCCGACCAAAACGGAGCUAUCCAGCGUCUGGUGACUGCCACUCGAAGCCUCAACAAGAAAUUCAAAUUCUGCUGGGUAGACACCAACGUAUCGUCCGGCCCUCUCUGUCGGCAGGACGGGGUGUUCAGAGUCAACUGCAUGGACUGUCUGACAGAACAAACGUGGUUCAGACUGCCUUCUCUGCAAAAGCUGGGGAUAAUUCCAUUUGACGAGCACCUGAGCGGAGCGAUGCUCACCACCUACAAGUUGAUGUGGGCCAACAAUGGAGACUGCAUCAGUCGGCAGUACACUGGCACAGCUGCCAUGAAGGGUGACCUGACGAGGUAUGGUGAGAGGAAGUUCAGUGGAAUGAUGAAAGAUGGCUACAACUCUGCUCACCGGUACUAUCAGAAUCUGUUCCGAGACAGCUACAGACAAGUACUGAUAGACCUGAUGCAAGGGGUUCCCCACAGCGAAGCCUUCUCGUCACUGCCACCCUCUCUGAGAGGCAAAGGAGGAGGUGAGGAGGAGGAGGAGGAAGAGGAGGCAGUGGAGGAGGAGCUGUGGUCUCUGGACAGAGAGCAGGCCAUUGCGGAGAUGGUCCAGCUGUGUCGCGAGGAGCUGUUUCCCACCAAGACCCUCACGGUGGUGGGCUGGGCACUGGUGGAGGCCGCCGGCUACAGCUUCGUGGAGGGCUCGAGGAAAGAGGAGGACUGUGUGGUCCUCCAGUGUAGGGAGCAGAACCAGCUCUGCAUGGCCAGCUAUAAUGUGGAGGAUGAUCAGGUGAACUGCUUCAUUCGUAUUCCCAUGGAGAAGGUCAAGAAGAUAGUCAUUGGUCCACUGGGUACCAUCCUGCGGAGCUCUCAGAAGAGGCUGCACAUGCGUCUCUACUACACUCUCAUGGACUCCAAACAGUGCUACUUCACUCUCAAGACCGUCAACUUCACCUCCAUGGAAGAAGACAGAGAUAUUCUGCUGAGUAUUGCCAGUACCCUCUCCAGCAUCUGUACUAACAUCUUGGUACAGGAGCAAAAGCUUACCAAGAAGAAAGGUCCAGUCCACCAGGGAGUCAUAUAUCUAGUGAUGCCCAAAGAGCUGGCGUGGGAGGACACCCUCUUGUCAAGAACUAACAAGGCUAAGGGGGGAGAUGGAGGAGAUUCAGUCGAGGAGGGAGAGAUGUGGGAGGAAGAGGAAGAAGAAGAGGAUGAGAAAGAGCAGUCUCUCUCAAUGCCAGCCUCUCCUACUCUGCCUAAGAGACAUGUGCCAACUCACAGGAUCCAACGACUUCGCAGUCAGAGCUUCGAUGACAUCAUCUCCAGUGUCAACAACGAGGACAGUCUUUCACCUCCUCCCUCCAUCACUACUGCCGACCACGAUCAUCCUGGUGGACACGUCAGGGCAAGAAACUUUGCCUUUGAGACGAUGCCUUCGCUGGACUCCGGGUCCGAUUCUGGUACUGAACCACUACCCCGGCGUGGACUGGGGACAGUAUAUGACCACACCCACCUCGUUAGCUCGCAGCCUGAAAUGGCAUCGAGUAAACCAUCAUCAUCUUCAUCACGGGGAGAGGGAGGAGGAAGACUCAACCAGCUGAGAGGGAAACUGCUGGGCAGGGUUCGUCGAGAUCAGGGGCAGCAGAAGACCCACCAAUCACUGGAGGUUCCUCUCCGGCAAAUAAGACCUCACCUUCACGACAUACCCUCUGAUGGUGGACCUGACAUUGGAGGAACAGGGGACUCUGCUACAGUGGAGGAAACUAUAACUGCUGCUCCUCCCUCUUCCCAGCCACAGCAGGGGUCACAGGUUACCAAUAGGCUACUGGCUGUCGGACAGAGGUUCAGGAAUGCCCCGCCUAGUCUGCUGCGCAGGAUGGGUGUGGUCGGUGGUGGGAGUGGUCAACAUCAUGCGACUCAAGCCCCGCCCCCAAUAUUACAGCACAAUGAUGUUGCAAAUGAGAGUGCAACAAGAAAAUCAAACAGCAAUUUUAUAUCAUUGUAGUGUAUAUGCAAUAAUGUGGUCUAAUACUGUAGUGUCUAUUUUUCAUGUCUUAUGGCCAUGGAUAUAUACGACAACACUGAAGGGCAAUAAAUAGAUAUGUGAUAUAAAGACAAAAGAUAAAUUGUACUUACUCUCUGCAGUGGUAGAGAUAGACAAUGUGUGGUAGUGAGGUGAAGAGGAAGAUGAAGACAAAAGUAGUUCAAACAUUCACUAUUAAUGUGCCAUUGUCACUUACUGCCUGCAGUGGUAGAGAUAGACAAUGUGUGGUAGUGAGGUGAAGAGGAAGAUGAAGACAAAAGU